CAUAACUAUCGAUUUAGUGACAAUAAUUGUCAGUUUUUUAGAAAUACACAAAAUGUCCAAAUUUUGGAAACAUGUUUGACGAAUUUAUCCACUUUCUUUAAGAACUUUAACGCCAUUAGAGAUUCCAACAGUUACAUUAAUAUGACACUAAUGUGGAUUCCACCUUGAUGCUCAGUGACAACUCGACAUGCGAUGCCACAUGGACGCCACAUCAUAAUUUUAUUUCAAAGUACACAUGUAUAGAUGGAGUUUUUACUUUGUGACAAUAAUAGUUCAUUUCUCAUAAAUAUACAAAAUGUCCAACUUCUUCCAAAACUUAACAGAACCAUUUUAAUUGCUUACUGACUAACAUUUUUGCCGACUUAGCGAUAAUAAAAAAAUAUUUUUGGGUUGAAUUAACUAAAAAAGAUAAAUAAUAUAAAAUUGAAGGGUCAUCCACCUCCAGUUCUCCCCAGCCCCUUCCUAUUCCUUUAAUCUCCCAUCUCAACCCCUUUUCACCUCAGCCCAUCAUAUUUGACUGGCUCAUUAGGGACUGAAAAAUGAAGAUAGUGGGGCUAGAAGAAAAAUAGGAAGUAUAAAAAAAGGAAUUUAUAAAACUAUCUUUAAUUAAAAUAUGAUGUGGGGUCCAUGUGACAUGACAUGUGGAGUUGUUAACGUGUGCGUCAAGGUGGCAUCCUCGUCAGCGUCUUGUAAAUGUAACUAACGAAAUCUCUAAUUUUGUUAAAGUUUUUAAUAGAGGAUAAAUUUGUUUAACAUUUCUUCAAAAUCUGGACAUUCUGUCUAUUUCUCAGAAGUUGGCUAUUAUUAUCACAAAGUCGAUAGUUAUGAAUAUGGAAUUGAGUUUAGUUAAUCCCACAUGACAAUAUAUUUAAUUAAGUGUCGCCAAGUCAGCAAUAAUGUUAGUGCAGUUAGCAUCUAAAUUGAAUUUGUUUAAGUUUUAAAUAAAAUUUGACAUUUUGUGUAUUUCUAGAAAAUUUGGUAAUUAUUGUCACAAAGUCGAUAGUUAGAGCUAUACAUGUGUAUUAUACCUAAUUUAUCUUCCCAUCUUUCUCAAACAUAAAUUAUUGGACUUUGUUAAGGUGACUUGGAAAAAAAAGCCAACCUUUUCCUCUAAGUUGUCGACAACUGUCCGUGAAAUCGAUCUACCACUUCCAUCAAGAGGUUGACCUAUUCUUUCAAGCGGUCCACCGCUUCCAAUGACCGGUCUACCUGAUGAACCAUUGUAAUGACAUCCUAUUGUCCAUUGCGUUCCUAAUGUAAGUAAAAGUUAUUGUGGUAUCUGGUCAACCGUUCACAGGAAGCAGUAGACUGUUCUCUGAAAAAAGUAUACAGUUUGCCGUAAUUGGUAGAUCGUUUGACGAAAGCGGUAUAGUGAUUCGAACAAGCGGGUGUAAAUUAAAAGUAAGUGUGUGUUAUCAAGUUAACCGCUUGAGUGAUAAACCAUUUGCUUGAAGCGAUAGACCGCUUGAUGAAAACAGUAGACCAUUUACUUAAAAAGUGAUCGACCACUUUACAAAAAAUAUAGCCUUUUCAUUGGAAAGUGAUCAAUACCACUUUACAUAAGAGAGAUACCGUUUUCAUCAAAUCAAAGUAUCACCAAUUCACCAUAUACAUACCCUAAAUUAUUAGCAUUCUGAAACAAAUUAUAGCACUGCACUGAGUUGUUAUUUCAAAUAUUUUACGUUUUGAAUUUUAUUUUUGUUUCCACGGUAAAUAUAUGUUUUGAAUUUAGGGUUGGUUUCUUUCUUUCUUUCUGUGUGCGGCUGUAUGGUCUGUUUGCUUCCCCUGCUGCCAAAAGAUGCUUCGUUUCUCGUGUCCUUUCCUUUUCUUUGCUAUUGGGUUUUUCUUUUUGGUUGCAUUUCCUUUUAGCAGAAGCAGUGCAGCGGCAGAGGGUGGCCGUCAGUUUUGUGGUGCAACAGAGAGAGGCAGCAGCAGCAGCAGCAGCAGCAAGAAGAGAGAGAGACAGUCCCAGUCGCAGUCCCCCACCUCCUCCACCCCAUCCCUCCUCUAUCGGUAUUCAUUACCGCUUGCUACUUGCUAGCAGUAGCAAUUACUUUGGGUUAAAUGCUCCCAUGGUGGUUACUUAACCAAGAUUCAGGACCUCACUUUCUCUCCUUGCGCAACGGAUUCAAUCCGCUACGGGAAUAGUUUAGCGUGGUUACUCAAUUUUGCGUAAUCAAGGUGGAUAGUGCAAUUUUGUGUUCCACGUUUAUUGGCUAUGCUGCACACGGUGAUUAUUUUGUAAACAAUUGUCACUACAAAAAUUUGACGAUCUUGUGUCGAGGAUUUCACAAUUCGGGGAUUUUUCCACUAAUACCAUCAUUUAAAAAAGUUUACAAAAAUAC